AUGUUCUUAACCCCCACCUUCACUGGUUACUCUAAAUUUAUUCAGCAGUCUUCACUUCAGUUGCGAGGACUAUUUACCGUAAUCUCAAGAAGUAUACACACUCCAGUCUCGUACAAUAUGUUGCCUCUUUCAAUUGAACAGAGAAGACCCACCUGCUCCCCCGAGUACGAUCAGUCUACCUUAUCAAACUACAAGUACUUCACAGUUCUCCACACAGAUUUGAACUUAUCCGUUUCCUUCGACAAAUCUGCUAUUUCAGGGAGUGUAACAUUCCAGUUGAAAAAACUGUACGAAGAUAAAAAGAAAACGGGAGAACUUCAUCUAGAUACAUCCUAUUUGAAUAUUUUGGAUGUCCAGAUUGACGGCUCGAAAACUGAUUUCGAAAUUGAGCAAAGAAAGGAACCAUUGGGCUCCAGACUGGUUAUCAAAAAUUCCUCCUGCAACGAUAAGUUCAACUUGAUUAUUCAAUUUUGUACAACUGAUAAGUGCACUGCUUUGCAAUGGUUGAACAGCAAGCAAACCAAGGGCGGUAAACCGUAUGUAUUUUCACAACUGGAAGCCAUUCAUGCAAGAUCGUUGUUUCCCUGUUUUGAUACUCCCUCUGUGAAAUCUACUUUCACUGCGUCCAUUGAAUCCCCACUACCUGUAGUCUUUUCAGGUAUCAGGACCAAAAGUUCAAACAAAAAUACUAGUAUUUACAACUUUGAACAAAAGGUUCCUAUUCCCGCUUACUUAAUUGGUAUUGCCUCUGGUGAUUUGACUAGUGCACCAAUCGGUCCUCGUUCUACCGUCUACGCAGAACCAUUUCGUCUGAAAGAUUGUCAAUGGGAAUUUGAAAAUGAUGUAGAGAAAUUUAUUCAAACUGCCGAGAAAAUCAUCUUUGAUUAUGAAUGGGGCACAUAUGAUAUCUUGAUCAACGUUGAUUCUUAUCCUUAUGGAGGUAUGGAAUCCCCAAAUAUGACAUUUGCUACGCCUACGUUGAUUGCCCAUGACAAAUCAAAUAUAGAUGUCAUUGCCCAUGAACUUGCUCACUCAUGGUCUGGUAAUCUUGUGACCAACUGUUCUUGGAAUCAUUUUUGGUUGAAUGAAGGUUGGACUGUUUACCUAGAAAGAAGAAUAAUAGGUGCUAUUCAUGGUGAGCCAACAAGACAUUUCAGUGCUCUGAUUGGUUGGAGUGAUUUACAGAAUUCCAUUGCUUCCAUGAAAGAUCCAGAAAGAUUUUCUACUUUGGUGCAAAACUUGAACGAUAAUACAGACCCUGACGAUGCUUUUUCCAGUGUUCCAUACGAGAAAGGGUUUAACCUACUUUUUCACCUAGAAACUGUCUUGGGCGGUAAGGCUGAAUUUGAUCCAUUUAUCAGAAGCUAUUUCAGGAAGUUUGCCAAGAAAUCUUUGGAUACUUUCCAGUUUUUGGACACUUUAUAUGAGUUCUACCCUGAAAAAAAGGAGAUAUUAGACUCCGUAGAUUGGGAAACUUGGUUGUACAAACCAGGUAUGCCACCAAGGCCUCAUUUCAUCACCGCUUUGGCAGAUAACGUUUAUCAAUUGGCUGACAAGUGGGUCGAAAUGGCACAGAAUUUGAACACUACAGAAGAGUUCCGCUCUGAAUUCAACUCUGUCGAUGUUAAAGAUUUCAACUCGAACCAAUUAGUUUUGUUUUUGGAGACUUUAACUCAAAAUGGUCAUUCUAGCAAAAAACCAAGAAGUUUUGAUUGGGCGGAGUUCCCUGUAGCAUCCAAGGCGCUGUUAGACAUCUAUCAAGAUAAGAUUGUUGAGUCACAAAACGCUGAAGUCGUUUUCAAGAUGUUCAAAUUCCUCAUCUUUGCUAAGCUUCAAGAAACUUAUAAGCACUUAGCUGAUUGGUUGGGGACUGUAGGUAGAAUGAAGUUUGUCCGUCCUGGUUAUAGACUAUUAAACUCUGUGGACCGUCAACUGGCUGUGGCCACUUUUGAAAAAUAUAAGGACGCGUACCACCCAAUUUGUAAAGCUCUUGUGAAGCAAGAUUUAGGACUUUGA